GUCGAAUCUUCCUUCUCUCCUUCUUUCUUAUUGUCAACAUUUGUAUCCAAAAAUAAAAACAAAAAACAAAUUUUUAGUACAUGAAGUUAUGAACUAAGUGAGACCACAAUAACCUCUCUAGAUUUCUACAGUCAUUUACGAAUUUGUGUACUGUCUCUUUCAACGACCUGUGUUUGGCGCUUCAUGGUGUGGGUUCCUCUGCUGCUGAUUGAAAUUGAAUCUCCCCUGAUUUUUCAGUUGCUCCGGUGAUUAAAGCGUUUCCGAGUUUCUUGGAGUCUACAAAUCUUACCAAAGGAGACUCAAAGUUUAUGGGUUACGACCAAACUAGAAUCUCAGUUUUUGUCUUAAGCCAAUCAGAUAUCUGCGAUUCUGAUUGUUAAUUACUCCAAGAACGCUAGAUGGGUUUUUAAAGUUUGAAUUUGGGUAGAGAGGAGGAACUUGCUUUGUUUGUGUAAAGAAUCCGACUUUUUUUGAAAAUGGGAGAAGGAGAAGAAAAUGGUAAUGAAGCAGAUUCAAAUGAGAGAUCUUUGGCAUUGUCACCUACUUGGUCUGUUGCUAUUGUGUUGACUGUCUUCGUUGUUGUUUCUUUGAUCGUUGAGCGCUCCAUUUAUCGUCUUAGCACUUGGUUGAGGAAGACAAAGAGGAAACCUAUGUUUGCUGCAUUAGAGAAGAUGAAAGAAGAGUUGAUGCUGCUUGGAUUCAUAUCACUUCUUCUAACAGCUACCUCUAGUACAAUAGCCAACAUAUGUGUCCCUUCAAGUUUCUACAACGACAGAUUUGUUCCGUGUACACGAUCUGAGAUCCAAGAGGAGCUAGAAAGCGGUUCAACUGUCAAGCGGAAUCUUUUAACAAAAUCACUCUUUUUCAACAUCUUUAGGAGAAGGUUGGAUGUCAUAAAACGAACCACCUGCAGCGAGGGGCAUGAGCCGUUUGUUUCAUAUGAAGGCCUUGAACAGUUGCAUCGCUUCAUCUUUAUAAUGGCUGUUACACAUGUAACUUACAGCUGCUUGACCAUGCUCCUUGCAAUCGUCAAGAUUCAUAGUUGGAGGAUCUGGGAAGAUGUAGCUCGUAUGGAUCGACACGAUUGCUUAACUGUGGUGGCACGGGAAAAAAUAUUCCGAAGGCAAACAACGUUUGUCCAGUAUCAUACAUCAGCACCUCUGGCCAAGAAUAGAUUGCUUAUAUGGGUGACAUGUUUCUUCCGGCAAUUCGGACGUUCUGUUGAUCGUUCUGACUAUCUUACUCUCCGCAAAGGAUUCAUUGUGAAUCACCAUCUCACAUUGAAGUACGAUUUUCACAGCUACAUGAUUCGUUCUAUGGAAGAAGAGUUCCAAAGGAUCGUUGGUGUGAGUGGGCCGCUUUGGGGAUUCGUAGUUGCUUUCAUGCUCUUUAAUAUAAAAGGGUCGAAUCUCUAUUUCUGGAUAGCGAUCAUUCCUGUUACUCUUGUUCUUCUGGUUGGUGCUAAGUUGCAACACGUAAUAGCAACUUUGGCAUUGGAGAAUGCCGGGUUAACCGAGUAUCCUUCCGGAGUGAAGCUGAGACCUCGGGAUGAACUUUUCUGGUUCAAUAAACCAGAACUACUCUUGUCCCUUAUUCAUUUCAUUCUGUUCCAGAAUUCUUUUGAACUGGCUUCGUUCUUCUGGUUCUGGUGGCAGUUUGGGUACAGCUCUUGCUUCCUUAAGAAUCAUUACCUUGUUUACUUCAGACUUCUUUUAGGAUUUGCUGGACAGUUUCUAUGCAGCUACAGCACACUGCCACUUUAUGCACUAGUCACUCAGAUGGGAACGAACUAUAAAGCGGCUCUGAUACCUCAGAGGAUAAGAGAGACGAUUCGCGGUUGGGGAAAAGCAACCAGAAGGAAAAGAAGGCAUGGGAUAUAUGGCGAUGAUUCAACUGUUAGAACAGAAACAAGCACGAUUGCAUCUAUUGAAGAAUAUGACCAUCAAGUGCUUGAUGUUACUGAAACUUCUUUCGAACAACAACAGAAACAACAACAACAAGGUACUACUGAGCUAGAGAUGCAACCAAUCCAACCUCGUAGUGAUUGUGUACCUAAUGAAUCUUCAAUUAGAGUUGGAACACCUCUUCUUCGACCUUGGCUCUCUAUUUCUUCACCAACAACGACCAUAGAGUUGAGAUCAGAACCUAUGGAACCACUCUCGAGAUCGUUUUCAUUGCCAAGUGAGAAGAGAGUCUGAUAAUAUCUCUCUAUUAACGGGUUUUAGUUGAAUAUAAGUUCGUAGGAGUAAGUUCAGUAGCAAACAAGAAUGUCUCGAUGAACAUAGAUGUAAUAAUUGCUAGUACGUACACUAAUAUUCGUAUGUGCUCUACUAAAAAAUUAGAUUGCAAUAUUAAAAACAUACAAAUCUUCAUUAUAAAUACCUUUUUUUUUU